CGACAACUUCUCUAAUCUUUGCAGAACAAAGAUCUUCAUAUUCAGUUCAGUCCGUGUCCCGCACAAGUUCACCAAACAUGUCGCCUGCUCUAUCUCUGACAGCCUCCCACCUUCCUCUGUUCAAGUCACUGGACACCAUCCCAAAGGAGAGCAUUUUGGCCCCAAGAACCACUUCCAAGAAAGACCUAUGUCACAAAACAACAUCCUCAGGUUCAGGGAUCUUGAGGAGGAACCUCUUGAGUUCCGGCCCGUUCGUGAGUCUCGGGGUCGGGUUCCUCUACCCAGCGAGGCCCGCCUCUGCCCAGGAGCCCGAAUCUCCUUCCCAAUCCUCCUCGAGCCGUCUCUCCUACUCGAAGUUUUUGCAGUAUCUGGACGAGGGGAACGUCCGGAAGGUGGACCUGUUCGAGAACGGGACGGUCGCGAUCGCGGAGAUAUUCAACCCCACCCUUGACAAGGUCCAGCGAGUUAGGGUCCAACUGCCCGGGUUGCCACCGGAGCUGCUGGCGAAGAUGAAGGAGAAGAAUGUGGACUUCGCUGCUCACCCCAUGGAGGUCAGCAUGUGGCCUAUGAUUUUCGACUUGUUAGGGAACUUGGCGUUCCCUCUGAUUUUUCUGGGCGCCUUGCUCCUGCGGACAUCUUCGAAUAACAAUCCGGGAGGGCCUAAUUUGCCGUUCGGGCUAGGAAGAAGCAAAGCAAAGUUCCAGAUGGAGCCCAACACUGGAAUAACAUUCGAUGAUGUUGCCGGAGUUGACGAGGCAAAGCAGGACUUCCAGGAGAUUGUGGAGUUCUUAAAAACUCCACAAAAAUUUGCGGCGGUUGGGGCGCGGAUUCCUAAAGGUGUUCUCCUGGUUGGUCCCCCUGGGACCGGAAAAACCUUGCUGGCAAAGGCGAUUGCAGGGGAAGCCGGUGUCCCAUUCUUCUCGCUCUCUGGGUCAGAGUUCAUAGAGAUGUUUGUUGGCGUCGGUGCCUCGAGGGUAAGGGACCUGUUUAACAAGGCAAAGGAGAACGCCCCAUGUUUGGUGUUUAUCGACGAGAUUGAUGCGGUAGGAAGGCAGAGAGGGACAGGCAUCGGUGGAGGGAAUGAUGAGCGGGAGCAAACACUUAACCAGUUGCUUACUGAGAUGGAUGGGUUCGCCGGGGACACUGGAGUUAUCGUCCUUGCAGCCACAAACCGGCCUGAUAUCCUUGACGCUGCCUUGCUUCGGCCAGGAAGGUUCGAUAGGCAGGUUUCUGUCGCAUUACCUGACAUAAGGGGAAGGGAGGAAAUCCUGAAGGUGCACAGCAAGAACAAGAAGCUGGACAAGGAUGUUUCCCUGAAUGUCAUCGCCAUGAGAACACCGGGAUUCAGUGGGGCAGACCUGGCGAACCUCAUGAAUGAGGCUGCCAUUCUCGCUGGUCGGAGAGGGAAAGACAGCAUCACAAUGAAGGAGGUUGAUGACUCGAUCGAUCGUAUCGUGGCAGGAAUGGAAGGGACCAAGAUGACUGAUGGAAAGAGCAAGAUUUUGGUAGCUUAUCAUGAAGUUGGGCAUGCAAUUUGCGCGACACUGACACCGGGCCAUGACCCUUUACAGAAGGUCACUCUGAUUCCCCGAGGCCAAGCACGCGGGGUCACAUGGUUCCUACCAGGCGAAGACCCAAGUCUCAUCUCCAAGCAACAACUCUUUGCUCGAAUUGUUGGAGGGUUAGGUGGCAGAGCGACUGAGGAAAUUGUAUUCGGAGAGCCCGAAAUCACGACCGGUGCAGCUGGUGACCUGCAACAGGUCACUCAAAUAGCUAGGCAGAUGGUGACAAUGUUCGGGAUGUCGGAGAUUGGGCCUUGGGCCCUCGUGGAACCAUCGGUACAAAGCGGGGACGUGGUUAUGAGGAUGCUUGCAAGGAACUCGAUGUCGGAGAAACUCGCAGAGGACAUCGACUUAUCAGUUCAGCGGAUAAUCCGGGAUGCCUACGAGAUAGCUAAAGACCAUGUAAGGAGAAACCGGGAAGCCAUGGACAAGAUAGUGGAUGUCCUUCUGGAGAGGGAGACUCUAUCCGGAGACGAAUUCAGGGCAAUCCUCUCCGAGUUCACAGAUAUUUCCAUCAACAAGAUUGACAGGACUCCUAUUAGGGAGCUCAUUGAAGCCUAAGAAUUUUAGAAUUUUCCGAAAGAGAGUGUACAAUAAGAUCCGAUCGAUGUAUAUAAACUCUUAGAAAAUUAGUACCAGCAGAAAUUAUUCGUUCAAUCUGGUGUAUCCAAAUGCAGAUGCUUUUGCAGA